CAGGCUACCACACCUACACGUGGAACAACACAGCGCACACGGCCAGAGUGGAAGAGGAGAUUCUGUCAGUCACCUACGAGGACGGGAGAUGGAGCAAGCCUUAUUUUGACUGUGGCGGCGGCAAUAUAUGGAUGAUGACCUACACUGUGCCCUUCUUCGGUUACUCCAAUGGAUCUUAUUACUUCAAAGGCACAAGUGGUAUAGAUAUUGACUUAAGACGCGUUGACAUAGACCAGUGCCCUCUCCCGCCUGGCUCCUCUGCUCUCAACAUCUUCGCAAAUUCAGACAAAUGCAAAAAGAAAACGACCAAGUGCGUGACGAUUCCUGGCCUUGGGUUCCGCCGUGGUAGCUACCGGUGUGACUGCAGGGUUGGAUUCUACUUUCCUGACACUUCCUCCCUUCGCAAGUACUUCAACGGGUCUGUCAUUGAGGAGGAAUACGAGAAGAAGAUCAUGGGCGAGUUUUCCACCUACGAAGAAGAGGGAAGCUUCGAGUGUCUGCCGUGUGCCGAGGGGUGCGAGAGCUGUGAAGAUGGAAGUCCCUGUGUUGUGUCCCUCAAUUGGGUGAUGCGAGCUGCCAUCCUCACCCUCUCCAUCAUCAUCAUCCUGUGUUUACCUAUUGUCGUUUUCUUCACUUGGAAAUUUGGCAAUGUAAAGGUGGUAAGAGCGGCCAGCCCAGCUCUUCUUCGCAUUAUUCUCCUCGGCGCCUUCUUCCUCUACUCCACGACCCUGGUGCUGUAUCCAAUCCCUUCCAUGGUGACUUGCAGCAUGAGAGUGUGGCUUAGAGAGGUCGGAUUCUCUCUUUCUUACGGAGCACUGAUGUUGAAGACUUGGAGAAUCUCGGUCAUUUUCCGGGUGAGGAGCGCAAAGGCAGUGAAGAUAACCGACUUAGAUCUGAUGAAGAGGCUUGGUAUUAUCGUGGGUGUGUUUGCUGUCUUCCUCGCCAUCAGGACAGUGGUGGCGCCUCCGCAGGUGAUCGUUUCUAUGACAGCCGAUGACCUGAAGGCGUUCCUGUGUGCUACUGAUUGGUGGGACCACGUCUUUACUGCCAUGGAGAUUCUGUUCCUGAUAUGGGGAAUACGUUUGUGCAUUAUGGUGAGGAAGGCGCCAUCUGAAUUCAACGAGUCAAAAUUUAUAUCCAUGGCGAUUUAUAACGAGUUCAUUCUCUCCCUCUUCCUCAACGUGUCCAUGUUGUUCCUUAAGUCGCCAGCUGACCCAGAUCUGUUGUUUAUCAUCUUCUUCUGCCACACUCAGCUCACCAUCACACUGCUCAUUGCCCUCAUCUUCGGCAGCAAGGUUUACCUCGUGCUGAAGGGCCAAGGGAAGGGUGAGGACAGUAUGAGCAUGACGAAACCGAUGGCUGCGAAGUUUCUCCAGCGCUCCCACGCCCAGAACCACCUCCACACCGCCUCCUCAGAUAACGUGGACAUGCAGGAGGAGUUCCGGCGCGUCUACCUGCAGCUGGAGGCUUUGAAGGACAAAUACCAGCGGAACGGCAACAGAAAUAUGGUGCUCAUCCUGACGGCGAUGCAGCAGGCGGCGAACACCUCCAUGGCCCCCGGCACGCCCACGCCCACCCCGACGCCCAUCACAGCAGCGGUGGUGGCGGAGAAGAACGGGGCCAGCCAGCGGGAGGUGCAGAAGGAGGAGCGACGAGGCAGCAAGAAGGAGCGGCGCUGCAGUGACGGUGUUGUGAUGCGGCCUCACGUCAACAACAUCCUGGCCUCCGUCACGGACAAGAUCGUAUGCGCCACUUUCCAGGAGGAGCUGAGGAGCGCCGUGGAGGGGGAGGCGCUCACUAAGCCACCAAGACCAGGGGGCAUGGGUGUGGGAAGCGGGAGGGAGGCGUGUGUCCUCAGGCGAACGAAAUCCAAAGGUGCGGCGGCGGACGGCAGGGAGCGACGGAGAGAAGAUUUCUUUCCCAACCUGGAGGGAGUGGCGGCCUUGGAGGGCAGCAUGGGACGCAGCCUGCCCGCCACGCCCUGCUCACCCAUACCCCAGCAACAGGACAAUCUCAGCGUGACCAGUCGCGGAGACAAGACGAAGAAGCAAGGGUCAGACCAGUCCAACACGGCGGGCUCCUCACUCACGAGCCGCAGUGACAGCACCCCUUCAGACCAGUCCGGACCCUGCAGGACGCCGCUACAGCUUGGCUACCGCAAUGCUGAGUUCCUGCUGAGGAAAAGCGUGUCUUCUGAGUUGACUGAGAGAGUGUGUCGCUCCCUUGAGUACCUGGAUGAGGGCGGCGGCUCAAGAGGCCCUGGAAGCACGCCGCUGGGCACUGAGGAGGACCCAAGCUUGGAGGACAGGUCUGUCAGGUCCGCCCACUCCACCCCGCGCAGAUCCCAAGGCAGGAGGUUCAGGGAGGUGCGCGAUCCAGAAAGAGCACGCGCGUUCAUCUUGUACAGUUUAAGCGACCGCGCGACGUUAACGGAUGAAGUAACAGUCUAGCAGUGAAGUGAGUGAUGCGAGGAAGUCACUGCGAGGCGUAAACUGAAGCACUUCCAGCCCGCUUCUCCGCUACUUUCCAAAGGCUCUAGUUGAAGUGACGCGGGUUUCCAAAAGGAUGUUUUUACUGUUCUAGUGACAAAUUUACAAGAUUUCUUCUACAUUGUUACCAGAUGAUUAAGUGUCACGGGUUUUCAAUGGUGUUUAUACGGUUCUAGUGACAAAUUAACAAAACUUUGACAGUACCAACAGGAGAAACAAUGUUGAGAACCCGGCUAACCGUUUCUGUGGCCUUGGAAAGUAGUUAUGGUAAAAGAGCAGUGUGUUUCUAAAUGCAAGCUAAUGUUUUGUCACUGCCUCUCAUCACUGCCUCUCUCUCCCAUGUCACUGUGUGUGUGUGUGUGUGUGUGUCGGAGCAGUGCUGUGAGAGGAAGAUAGUGACAGGAAGCACGUGUGACAGUGACGGACAGUGACGGGCAGUGACUAUGUGAUGGUGCUGAGAAAAUAGUAGUAGUAGUAGGUAGGAGAGUAGUAGUACUAGUAGUAGUAGCAGCUGGAAAAGUAGUUAGUUAUAGUAGUAGUAGCAGUAGUAGUAGUAGUAGCAUUGUGAUGGUGGUGGCAAUGAUGGUAGUAAUAGUACUAGUAGUAGUAGUAGUAGUAGUAGUAGUACCCACAGCCCAGGAAAAACUAUCAUAUUUCCUCCCUCUCCAAAUGUGAAGUGGAAAAAAAAAUAGAACACCAAUUGAAUAAAAUAACAAAACGAUAGGAACAAAAGACAAGAAAUAAAAUAAAUAAAUAAAUAACGCUUGAAAUGAAUUGAAAUAAAAAAAAGACAUACAAAACUUGACUCACUUAAAAAAAAAGAGGAAAAAUUUUUGUUACUUACGAGGAAAACACAAAUUAAAGGAAAAUACUUCGAGUGAGGAAAAUUAUGGAUCACUCAUCAAUUUCCUGAAAAACGGAAAAAAAUAAAUAGGGAAAAUGAAAAGGGAAAAAAUUAAGGGUAGUAAAAUGAAAAAAAAAGAAUGUGAAAAGAUAAUUAAGAGAACACAAGAGUUAAAAAAAAGAAUAAAAU